CUGGAGACACAUGGGCCCCUCGGGGCGGCGAGGACGACGGCUGGGUGCUCUGGCUGCAGGUGGUCCUUCGGUGGGAAAGCGUGAGGAGGAGGCGCCAGGCCUGCGCCUGCGGGCCUGAGCUACCGACUCGGGGCAAGCCUAGGCAGUAUCCAGGACUCCCAGUUCCUGGAGCAAGAGCUCAGAAGAGGACGCGGUUACCGCACAGGAAGCUUCAGCACAAGCACCCCGACGAUUAGGCGGCGGGAUGUCUGUGGUUGGCAUUGACCUCGGCUUUCUCAACUGCUACAUCGCUGUAGCAAGGAGUGGCGGCAUCGAGACAAUCGCCAAUGAGUACAGCGACAGGUGUACCCCGGCCUGUAUAUCUUUGGGAUCGAGAACUCGAGCUAUUGGAAAUGCAGCUAAGAGCCAGAUAGUCACGAAUGUAAGAAAUACAAUUCAUGGCUUCAAAAAGCUUCAUGGGCGAUCAUUUGAUGAUCCCAUUGUGCAAACUGAAAGGAUCAGGCUUCCUUAUGAGCUGCAGAAGAUGCCUAAUGGAAGUGCAGGAGUUAAGGUGCGGUACCUAGAAGAAGAGAGACCUUUUGCAAUUGAGCAAGUCACUGGAAUGCUGUUGGCCAAACUUAAAGAGACUUCAGAAAAUGCUUUGAAGAAACCAGUGGCCGACUGUGUGAUUUCAAUUCCUAGCUUUUUCACUGAUGCUGAGAGAAGAUCUGUGAUGGCUGCAGCCCAGGUUGCAGGUUUAAAUUGUUUAAGGUUGAUGAACGAAACUACUGCAGUUGCGCUAGCAUAUGGAAUUUAUAAACAGGAUCUUCCACCAUUAGAUGAGAAACCAAGAAAUGUAGUAUUUAUUGAUAUGGGACAUUCUGCCUACCAGGUCUCAGUUUGUGCUUUUAACAAAGGAAAACUUAAAGUCUUGGCUACCACCUUUGAUCCAUAUUUGGGUGGCAGGAACUUUGAUGAGGCUUUAGUAGACUACUUCUGUGAGGAGUUCAAGACCAAAUAUAAGAUAAAUGUGAAAGAAAAUUCUCGGGCCUUACUGCGCUUAUAUCAGGAAUGUGAAAAACUGAAGAAGCUAAUGAGUGCAAAUGCAUCAGAUCUUCCACUGAACAUCGAGUGUUUCAUGAAUGACCUUGAUGUUUCUAGUAAAAUGAACAGGGCUCAGUUUGAACAAUUAUGUGCUUCCCUCUUUACCAGGGUUGAACCACCAUUAAAAGCAGUAAUGGAACAAGCUAACUUGCAACGUGAAGACAUCAGUAGUAUAGAAAUUGUAGGGGGAGCAACACGAAUUCCUGCAGUGAAAGAACAAAUCACUAAGUUCUUUCUUAAAGACAUAAGUACCACAUUAAAUGCCGAUGAAGCUGUUGCAAGAGGAUGUGCAUUACAGUGUGCGAUUCUUUCACCAGCAUUUAAAGUGCGUGAGUUUUCUAUAACAGACGUUGUUCCCUAUUCAAUCACGUUAAGAUGGAAGACCACUUUUGAAGAUGGAGCCGGGGAAUGUGAAGUAUUCUGUAAGAACCAUCCUGCUCCAUUCUCAAAAGUCAUUACUUUCCACAAGAAGGAACCAUUUGAACUAGAAGCAUUUUAUACUAAUUUACAUGAAGUGCCUUAUCCUGAUCCAAGAAUUGGGAACUUCACUAUUCAGAAUGUUUUUCCGCAGUCUGAUGGUGAUAGUUCCAAAGUGAAGGUUAAAGUUCGUGUUAACAUCCAUGGAAUCUUCAGUGUGGCCAGUGCAUCAGUAAUUGAGAAGCAAAACGUAGAAGGGGAUCACAAUGAUGCUCCUAUGGAGACAGAAUCUUCAUUUAAGAAUGAAAGCAAAGAUGAUGUGGAUAAAAUGCAAGUUGACCAAGAAGAAGGAGGGCAUCAAAAAUGCCAUGCUGAACACACCCCAGAAGAGGAAAUUGAUCAUACAGGAACUAAAACAAAAUCAGCUCCCUCAGACAAACAAGACCGAUUAAACCAGACCACUAAAAAAGGAAACGCCAAGAGUAUUGAUCUGCCUAUUCAGAGUAGCCUGUGCAGACAAUUGGGACAAGAUCUUCUCAACAGCUACAUUGAAAAUGAGGGGAAGAUGAUAAUGCAAGAUAAAUUAGAGAAAGAAAGAAAUGAUGCUAAGAAUGCUGUUGAAGAGUAUGUGUAUGAUUUUAGAGACAAGCUGGGCACUGUCUAUGAAAAAUUCAUCACUCAAGAAGACUUGAGUAAACUCACUGCAAUAUUGGAAGAUACAGAAAAUUGGCUUUAUGAAGAAGGAGAAGACCAGCCUAAGCAAAUUUAUGUGGAUAAGCUUCAAGAACUAAAGAAAUAUGGCCAGCCUAUUCAGAUGAGGUACAUGGAACAUGAAGAGAGACCAAAAGCUUUAAACGACUUGGGAAAAAAGAUUCAACUUGUUAUGAAAGUGAUAGAAGGAUACAGAAACAAGGAUGAAAGAUAUGAUCAUUUGGAUCCUGCUGAAGUGGAAAAAGUUGAAAAAUAUAUUAGUGAAGCCAUGAGUUGGUUGAAUAGUAAGAUGAACGCACAGAACAAAUUAAGUCUGACUCAAGAUCCUGUGGUGAAAGUCUCCGAAAUAGUUGCAAAGUCCAAGGAACUGGAUAAUUUUUGUAACCCCAUCAUUUACAAGCCCAAACCAAAAGUAGAGGUUGCUGAAGACAAAGCAAAAGCUAAUAGUGAACACAAUGGACCAAUGGAUGGACAGAGUGGGACUGAAACUAAACCAGAUACAACGAAAGACAGCUCCCAGCAUACUAAAUCUUCUGGAGAGAUGGAAGUGGACUAGGUCUUAAUUUUACCUUCGCAUAAUUCAGACAGUGCAAGCAAGCACCGAGGUCCAUUCUCCUUUUACAUGUGGUACACACAACAUAUGUUCAGUUGUUCUUAACUACUUUUUGUCAUUUGUUUUUUGGAGUAGUUUUGAAAAGUUUUUUAUUGAGUGCACUUCUGUUCAUUUCCAUUGCUGCUUAUGUGAAGCUUUAGCUGAGUAUAGAUUUACAAAUCAGUUUAAGCUUUCCUAAUAUAUGUUAUGUCAAAUAUGCGAGACUGAUAUAGAGUUGGCAACAAUCUACCUUAUUUAAAGCUUCUACUUGGAUAAACCUCAGCUCCUGUAUUCAGGAGAUGAUACUGUUUUGCACUAUUGCAGAAGCAUAGAUUUAAUUGCAUUAUCAUUUUGAAGAACAUGUGGUUUAGAGCCGCUGAGGCACUGACUUUUUUCUGGUUACUGUAGUUAUAAUUUAAAUAUUAAGACAUAAUUUUUUGGUGUGCCAUGAGAACUCCAAAGUGUUGUCAUCACAUAAAGGAACUAAAUCACAUGUUGAAAGGGAAACACAGUGUUUAUUUAAGGUGACACCAGCAGUUUGCAUCUUUUAUUAGUAAUGUGGAUUGAUGUUUCCUCAGAGUAAUUCAGUGUCAUUUUCACUUGAAACUUCUGAUCUACUUGUCCUGAAGACCAGCUGCUGCUACCGUAAUACUAGCCUAAAGAUAAAAAAGCAUUUUUGAUGAAAAUACCUUCAUGUUAAGAGGCUAAUGCUGUUGACCUACUCAGACGUUCAUCUGUGAUGUUGAUAGCCUUGUUUCAGUUGCUUUGGUUUUCUUAAUUGAUUCUGUUAAUAUCUGAACACAGGGUUGGGAGAAAUGGCACAAUGUAUUGCGUUAUAAACAUCACUGAUUUACAUAAUGUUAAGAAAUAGAUAAACGCUAUUAAAUAAGCGGUAGUACUUGAAAAGAAGUACUUAUACCUUAAGUCUUAGGAAAUAAUGCUUGUAAUAAACUUAACUAUGUUAUACAUAUCAACAGGCAAAAUAUAGAAUGUUACAUAAGUGUAAUAUGAUAUGAUGUGAUUAAAUUAUAGUUCCUGCUGUUAACAUUACCUAUUCAGAUCUUGGCUCCAGUUUUGGUGCUUAUUAUAUAUAUUAUAUGGGACAAGGGACUGUGAAAUUACAGUAUUUUAAGACUUAAUCAGUGCUUCAUCACCAGACUUGUUCACAUUGUUCAGUUCUGUCCAGAGGCUUGACACCAUUAUGUGUGGGAGCAGUGUGAAAUGACUUUUCAAACCUACGAGAUGCAUAGACCAUGCAUGCAUGGGCACUUGUGUUUCAUGCCAAUCAACUAGAUUAAUAAGUUAAAAUUUUGAAAGGCUCACUUUUUCCCAAAGUUAAACCUUUAUAUUAAGAAUUAAUGACUUUUCUUACAUAGUAAUAAUUGAGAGUUUAAUAUCUUAAGGGAUAGUCAUUUCUCACAAGUAGUUCUCUUAAGAGAGAUUUUGUUUCUACAAUGUAGUCUGCACUGAAAGGGGAGCAUAUGGAGCAGUGCAUUUUGCAGGGAUUUUUAUUCAUCCUUUUUGAGGGAGAUGUCCCUUUUUUGCAUUGAAAAAAUCAUAUAGACCCAAUAUAUUUUUAAUGUCUUUUAGUCUUUAAACUUAUCUUUGUCUUAAUACUCUUAAAAUGAACUAAUUAUAUUCACUAAUAGUUUCUUUUUAAAGCAUCAGUUACUUUUCAUAUAUAGGUGGAAUAUAUAGGUUCAUUUCAGGAAGAGCAUCAAAGUUAUGAAGGAGUAUUUCAGCAGUACACAUUAGGGAGUUCAUAGCUUUUUCCUGAGAUAACAAAAUCUCCACCCACUUUGUUAGGAGCUAUGUAAACAAAUACGAAGAUGACCCUUUCUGCAUCUGAUUUGUCUAAUAUAUCAGACAUCUUCCAUUACUUCUUAAAUCCGUUUAUGUAGUUCUGUUUUAGUCGGAUAUGUAGUGUUCCAAUUCUUGCAGUUGUAUAACACUUCACUUGAUAAGUUAAAUACAUCCAAAGAUAAGUAUGCUUUCCUACUCAUCUAGCUUAAAUGAUAUUUUCAGAAGCUGUUCAUGAUGUAAUUAUUUAUUGAAUAUGUUAAUAAGGGAAAAUAUGUUCUCUUUAAUAGUUUUGGGUAGAAGGUAUGGCUCAGUUUAAUCUGCAUGGAAAUAUAUGCAGUAAUAGACAAAAAUAAUUUUUUUUCAAAAUAAGCCACUAUUUUAUAAGUUUUUAGAAAAGAGAGAAAAUUAGAUUGUUUUCCUAUAAUCAAGUAUGAACUAAGUAUGUGGAAAAUAGGAUGAUUCAAAUAUACUUUUACUCCUGAAAAAGUAUAAAUCACUUGGUUUCAGAAUCCAUCUCUGAUAGCCAGUCACAGUGAUUAUAAAAACAAAGAUUGCUUACAUAACAAAGUUGGUGAUGCUUUCAUUCCUUUAACAGUAUAAACAGCAAACCAAAGAAUUGGGCUUUUGGAAUAAACAGAUAAUCUGUUUAAAAGAAUGUAAUAAUUAGACUUUUCUUAAGAAGAAAUAAAGAUUUCUCAGAGUUUCUUGGUCAA